AUGAAAGAGACAAUUAUUUUGUUUUGUAUAAUCUGUUACAUAACUAGUGGAAGUGCCUCUUAUGGACAUCAACGUUGUGUACAAAAUUAUCUUCAAAACAAAGCGCUCCACCCUGAUUGCAAAAAUAUCAUCUUGGAGUUAUCAGAGUCGGUUGCUGCCAAGGUUGAAAGUCUUAUCAAAGUUUCAUUUAAAGAACAUCAGUUUUCGCCUUUUGCAAGAUCAUGUGGAUGGAAUCUCAUGAACAAAAAUAAAGUUGUUGGGAUAAGCUUAAAGCCUUUCGCAUAUCACUACGCGAAUAUCGAGGGCAAUCAAUGGACGACAGAGCAAGAGGUUGAAGCAGAAGUGAAAAGCACAAUAGAAAUUCUUGUAAGGUAUGCAAAGCAAAUCUGUCAACCCGAAAUUAAUCUUGGACCGACAUUCAUCAAUGAAAUGAAUAACUUGAAAUCGUUUUCAUCUUCAAGCACGCAUAACGACAACUGUGCGAUAAGUUAUCUCAUUAAAACAGAUUUCAUCGAUUCACAAUUGUACAAUAUUGACGCAUCAUUGUAUGAAAAUGAUGACUGCGAGUUAGAAUUCACAACUUGGCGAGAUAAUUUUCCCAAACAAAAUUUGCAAUCAUUUCAUGAACAUUUUCCGGAAACUUUCUUUGGAUUUCCCUGCACGAAUGUCUCCAAAUGCUUGCAACAAAAAAUGAAAGAUCAAAAGCUGAAUCAAUAUCUACUUUCAUUUAGACACUCGUUUUAUUCUCCUAUGUUUUGA